GCGGGGGCGAUGACGGGGAGAAAGAGUUUGGGUGCUCGUCAGCUCGGCACUGGCGGUCACCACCAGGCGGUGAGGAGCGGUGCGGCGCGACCCCACUUUGUCGAGGGCUCCAUUGUCAGGAUCUUCAUGGAGAACUUUCUAACAUACGAUGUCUGUGAAGUACGCCCAGGACCCAAUCUGAACAUGAUUGUGGGUCCUAAUGGAACAGGAAAGUCAAGCAUUAUAUGUGCCAUUUGCUUGGGACUGGCUGGAAAACCUUCUUUCAUAGGGCGAGCUGAUAAGGUUGGUCUCUUUGUAAAGCAGGGAUGCUUGAAAGGUGUAGUGGAAAUUGAACUAUGCAAGACACCUGACAAUAUCAUUAUCACACGUGAGAUUCAGGUGACAAACAACACAUCCGCGUGGUUUAUCAACAGAAAGCCAGUAACCCUGAAAACUGUAGAAGAGCAAAUUGCAGCAUUAAACAUCCAAGUGGACAAUUUGUGCCAGUUUCUUCCUCAGGACAGAGUUGGAGAAUUUGCAAAGCUGAGUAAGAUUGAAUUGCUUGAAGCCACUGAAAAAUCAAUUGGUCCUCCAGAAAUGUACCAAUUUCACUGUGAACUGAAAAACUCCAGAGAAAAAGAGAGAGAACUGGAGACUUUGUGCAGAGACAAAGCUAACUCUUUGGAGAAAAUGAGACAGAGAAUUGAACGAUACAAACAGGAUGUUGACAGAUACCAUGAGCGUAAGCGCCAUCUUGACUUAAUUGAGAUGCUUGAGAGAAAAAGGCCUUGGGUGGAAUAUGAAAAUAUUCGUCAGCAGUAUGAGGAAGUGAAACAAAGCCGAGACCAAGCCAAAGAAGAAGUGAAGAAUCUGAAAGAAAUGCAGUCCCCAGUGACAAAAAAAAUCCAAGAAACUGAAGAAUAUAUUAAGAGUCUGGAUAUGGAAAUCAGAGAAAAGGCUGCUGAAAUUAAAGAAGUUUCUCAAAAAUGUAAACAGAAGCAAGACUCUUUGGACAUGAAAGAUAUGCAAAUUGAAGAAAUUCAGCAAGCAUUGAGAAUGAAAAAAGAUGAAGAAAUGGACAGACGGAGGAAAAUACUCAACACUCAGAAGAUGAUUGAGGAUUGGAAGAAUGAGCUCAAUGCAAUGGAAGUCUGUGAGAAUCUUAAGCCACAAAUAGAUGCUGUUAAUAAUGAGCUGAAAAAAUUGCAAGAAGAAAAGGCAAAUAUUGAUAGUGAUAUUAGUGAUACAACAGCAGAAAAAAUGAACAAAGAGAGGGAAAAGAGAAGAACAGUUGAUCGCCUUGAACAACUUAAUAAUAUAAUGAAUAUGAAGGAAGAGCAUCUUAAAGUGACAUUCCAAGACACGCACACUGCUCUUAUGUGGCUAAGAAAGAACAAAGACAAGUUUAAAAAAAUAGUUUGUGAACCCAUGAUGCUUGAAAUCAAUAUGAAAGACAAUAGGUAUGCUAAAUAUAUUGAAAAUCACAUUUCUGCCAAUGAUAUGAGGGCGUUUGUUUUCGAGAGUCAAGAAGAUAUGGAAGUGUUUCUUUUGGAGAUGCGUGAUCAUCAGAAACUCAGAGUGAACGCUGUGUGUGCACCUGCUCGGUCGUGUGCUGAAAGCUUGCCUUCGAGACCUAUUGAAGAAUUACACCGGUAUGGAUUUUUCUCCUAUUUACGAGAAUUAUUUGAUGCUCCUCAUCCUGUGAUGAGUUAUCUUUGCUCCCACUACCGUGUUCAUGAUAUCCCUGUGGGAACAGAGAAGACAAGAAACAUGAUGGAAAGGGUCAUACAAGAAACCAAACUUAAGAACAUUUAUACAGCAGAAGAAAGAUAUGUUAUUAGAGUAUCUGCUUAUACAAACCUAACCCUGUCUACUAAUACAUCCCUGAGGGCAGCCCAGUUUCUAACUAGAUCAGUGGAUACAGAUGAAAGACAACAGUUGGAAAACCAACAACAGGAAAUCAGUAGUGCACUAAAGUCAUUGGAUUUGCGUUUGACUACGUUGCAUGAGAGACAGAAACAUCUGGAACAUAGAGACAAUGAGCUUAGGCAGCAGAAGAAGGAACUUUUAGACAGAGGAAACAGGAGGAAACGGUUGGAAUCAAAAAUUGGUGUGAAAUAUGACAGUUUAAAGCAGUUGGAACAAGAUGGUAUUAACCUAGAGGAGGAAUCUCAACAGGCGAAUGUAAAGAUUAAAGAACUAAAUAUCCAAAAAACAAGACUUGUUAAUGAAUUGAUGCAUCUCAUAAAGAACUGUGUAUCACUGAACAUGGCCAAAGCAGACUUGGUUCUUCAGAGCGCUGUAGUGGCUGCUGAGAAGAACAGAAUGGAACUGGAGUAUAAAGCAGGAAGUGUACAGCUGAAAGCUGCAGAGCAAAGAUUUCAUGAACUGGAUGAUAGGAAGCGAGUUCUUACAGAAAACUCCAAGGAAUUGCUGAAAAAAGCUCGACAUGUCUGCAAACUGAGUCCAGAUCAACAUCUUCCAAAGGAAUUUCAAACUGCUUUUCAGGCUCUUCCAUCUACGCUGGAGGAAAUUGAUGCUUUUCUGAAUGAAGAGAAAACCAGGGCCUCCUGUUUCACAGGCCUGAGUGCUUCGGUUGUUGAAGAAUACAAUAAACAGACACAAGAAAUAGAGCAGUUGACAGAAUAUCUAGAGGAGAAGAAAAAUGAAUUGGAUAACUAUAAGCAAAACAUUUCACAGGUCAAAGAAAGGUGGCUUAACCCCUUGAAAAAGCUGAUUGAGCAAAUUAAUGAGAAGUUCAGUAACUUCUUUAAUUCUAUGCAGUGUGUUGGUGAAGUUGAUCUUCAUGUGGAAAAUGAGGAGGAGUAUGACAAGUAUGGGAUUCGCAUUAGAGUCAAAUUCCACAGUAGCACUGAACUUCAUGAAUUGACUCCAUAUCAUCAGAGUGGAGGUGAGAAAAGCGUUUCCACUAUGUUGUACCUGAUGGCUCUACAGGAACUCAACAGAUGUCCUUUCAGGGUUGUAGAUGAAAUAAAUCAGGGAAUGGAUCCAACGAAUGAGAGAAGAGUUUUUGAUAUGGUUGUGAAAACUGCUUGUAAAGAAAGCACAUCUCAGUAUUUCUUUGUUACACCAAAGAUCCUGCGAAAUCUCACUUACAAUGACAAGAUGACUGUGUUGUUUGUCUAUAGCGGACCUUUUAUGUUGCAGACAGACAAAUGGGACCUGAAGGCUUUCUGUAGGCGGCGGCGGCGACUUGGAAGGAUGGAGGAACAGUAAUGAAUAUAAAUAUACAUAUGUGUGUAUAUAAUGCUUUUUGUAGAAAUUUUUUGAAUAUAUGGCUUUGAAGACAUUAGAAAUUGUGAGAGAUUCUCAUCUCCUGUAAAGGAAUCAGUGAAUUACUAAAACUGGUGUAAAAUGUUACAUGUUUGAAGUUUAUAGUAUUUCUUCAGAUCUUUCAUAGUAACCUCUUUCUUCAGAGAACCUGCCUUUUCUCAAUAGUAGUUUUAAAUAAAAAGAAAGUCUCUUGUAUUUUUUUAUUUUAUCAGUAGUGUAGCAUCAGAGGUACAGUUAAUUUUUCUAGGCUGUAAUGAAAUAAUUCUGCCUGCUUUUUUUCUCAUUUUCCCAAAACCUGGACUUUGGUCUUGGUACAUACUGUUUCGCUGAGGGUGUUCACCAAACUUUUCCUAUUGAAAUGAGAACUUUAUGAAUGGAUUAAGAAGAUGAGUAGGAAGAGAGUGGUUUGUAAGUAGCUGUGCACUGGAAGUUGAUAUGAAGAAUAUGCUAUUGUUAGACCAAAAUAUUAUUGUUACUUAUUAUUUUUCAGCUAAUAUUCCAUUUUGUAUUCCUGGAAGGAUAAGUUCUUUAUUUUUCUAGCAAGUGUUUCUUAGCAAGGAGAGUGACAAAGGGACAAGUGGAAUUUUUCAAACAGUGAGCUAAUUAGCUUGCAGAAGUAAAACUAAGCAAUAUAUAACUGGUUUGGUGGUUUGUUUGUUUUUUUUUUCCUUUUAUUAAGUAAAACUUAGUAUAUUUUUGGUGGUAGGAGGAGAAAACAGUCUUGUUGAUUUCACAUAUAAGUUGAAGCCAGGAGACUUUUCACAAGGAUUCAGUGACAUUGGGGUGAUGGUAUGCACAGUGGCUUUUCAACGGAGAGAUAUAAAAUCCGUGAGUAGGGUUGUGAUCAUAGCUGUUCAGCAAUGGAAAGUAGAUGUCAUCAAUAGAAUGCUGAAUACCUAAAAUAAAGUUCUGGUUGCUUACUUAACUAUCUUAAAUAACAAAAAAAUGGAGUCCUUAAUAUUGAAUUGUACAGAGUAUGACUUGUGAAAAAUGGAAACUGUGAUUGGUAUAUAUAAAUACAUGUAAAAAUGAUGUAGUCUCAGUACACCAUUUGAAAAUAUGCAGUAUCCUUGUUUUCUCAGAAGAGUAGCUCUCAGUAGAAUUUUAUACAGAAUUUGACAUCCACUUGAUUUGGAGUAAGUUUCCCAUAACAGCCUCCUGUCAAUAAACUUUGCCAAUGGAA